GAGAGAGAGAAAGGAAAAGGUCGUUUUCAGAGAUUGGACGGGACGGGUUGUCUCAACUCUCAAGAUUCACCCUCGGGGGUCUCCUGGAUCGUCGAUGACCAGGCGCACACAAGAACGGGAGAAAGAGAGGGAGGAAAGGCAAGCCAUCUUCUCCUUCUCCCCUUGACAUAAAGAUCAGAACGCGCUCCUCUCCCUCUUCCUUUCUCUCUCUUCAACUUUUCUCUUUGUGCGUGCGUGGGGUGGCACUGUGCAUCCUGUUCCUGUAUCUGCAGCUCUUCGGAGGAAAACGACCGAGAACUGGAGAUUCCGAAUUUAUAAAAGUAUAUUGGGCAAAAAGCGUCGCCUGCCUUGCGUUUUCGCCUGCAUCUCAGUCGAUUAAGGAGCACCCGCUUUGGGUUUUUUGCAUUUUCUGCCUUAUACCAUCAUUUUAAGAGUUGGGUUUGCGGAACCCAUCAUGAAUAGGUUUCGUUGAAGGGAUGCUUGUUGAGGUACAGGUGGGGAGAGAGAGUCCACAGUUAUGAUCAAACAGAUAUUAGGAAGACUCCCCCGAAAGUCGAGAUCGACUGAAAGCAAAGAAGCGGGGGGUAAUGGGGCAGUUCCGACUAGUUCAUCUAGGAACUCGGGGAACAAUGAUCCGGCGGGAGUCCGGUAUGGAAAUUCAGGUCCGGUUAAUGCUUCUGCUUUACCCCGGGCAGGUGAUUCUGUUUUGAGUCGGGAGCCUGGUGUCAAUUCUGAAUCAAAUGUGGGUGGCAGACUACCUGCUGUUGGUAACAUGAGUCCUAGGAAGGGGAAUGAUUACUUGCUCGGCUCUAACUACCAAGCUUUGCCGGUCUUUAGGGAUGUCCCAAGCUCUGAGAAACAGAACUUGUUCAUAAAAAAGUUGGGCAUGUGCUGCGUGGUUUUUGAUUUUUCUGAUCCUGCCAAGUUUACAAAAGAGAAGGACAUCAAACGUCAAACACUUCUGGAGCUUGUGGACUACAUUGGAGCAGCCAACGGGAAGUUUACUGAGCUUACAAUGCAGGAAAUCACAAGGAUGGUUGCUGUCAAUUUGUUUAGAACACUUCCUUCUUCAUCUCAUGACAGCAAACCUGUAGAGUCUUACGAAGCUGAAGAAGAGGAGCCCAUGAUGGAUCCUGCAUGGCCACAUUUACAGAUUGUAUAUGAGUUCCUUUUGAGGUUUGUUACGUCACCAGAGAUGGAUGCCAAGUUGGCAAAGAGGUUUAUUGAUCAUUCGUUUGUUCUUAAGUUGCUGGAUCUUUUUGAUUCAGAGGACAACAGGGAAAGGGAUUAUUUGAAAACCAUCCUUCAUCGAAUAUAUGGUAAAUUUAUGGUUCACCGACCAUUUAUUAGGAAGGCUAUCAACCACAUAUUUUAUCGUUUCAUUUUUGAAACGGAGAAGCACAAUGGAAUUGCAGAACUGCUGGAAAUCCUAGGAAGUAUCAUUAAUGGGUUUGCGUUGCCGUUGAAAGAAGAGCACAAACUAUUCCUUGUACGUGCUCUAAUACCACUGCACAAGCCGAAAUGUGUUGCAGCAUAUCAUCAGCAAUUGUCUUAUUGCAUCACACAAUUCAUAGAGAAGGACUGUAAACUUGCUGAUACAGUAAUAAGAGGCUUGUUGAAAUAUUGGCCAAUCACUAGUAGCUCUAAAGAAGUAAUGUUCUUGGGUGAGCUGGAGGAGGUUCUGGAAGCAACUCAGGAGGCAGAGUUCCAGCGCUGUAUGGUUCCACUGUUUCGUCAAAUUGGCCACUGUUUAAAUAGCUCACACUUUCAGGUGUCUGAGCGGGCGUUGUUCUUAUGGAACAAUGAUCAUGUUCUGAACUUGAUUAAAGAAAACCGCAAAGUCAUACUGCCAAUUAUCCUGCCAGCACUGGAGAAAAAUACAAGGAAUCAUUGGAAUCAGGCAGUUCAAAGUUUGACCUUAAAUGUCCGGAAGAUCUUCAUGGACAUAGAUAACGAGCUUUUUGAGGAGUGUUUGCACAAGUUUCAGGAAGAUGAAGCAAAAGAGAAAGAAAUUCAGGAUAGGCGUGCAGCCACGUGGAAGCGUUUGGAGGAGGUUGCUGCAUCCAAGGCAGUCAGUAGUGAAGCUGUUCUUGUACCACGCUUCUUUUCGUUUAACACGGCUUCAAUCAGUCCAAGAGCUACCGCUGGGAGUUAAACCUGUAUGAUUCAAGUUAGCUCUCAGCUGAUAUCUGAGAGCAGCUAUGCUUCCAUUUUCUUUGAUCUGGAGGAUGAAACAACGUUGUACAGGGAAAGGAUGCAUCUGAGAAUGCUUGAUUUGAGUCCUGCCUGCGUUCCUUUAUUUGUAAUGUGAAACAAGGGACUGUAUAUACCUAUAUAUGCAUAGAAAGGGCGCCAUUUCAUGUCUUUUUUCA